AUGGCCUCAGCCUCGAUUGCUACCGUCCCAUAUCGCCCUCCGCUCGCAACGGGCACUCCAACUACCACACAACCUACCAUCUCUUACAACUAUGGCACUUCAACCGCUCAACCUGGUCACACCGAUGUUUAUCUGUACUACUUCAUCGUCCCCUAUCUCGACGCUCACGUCCUUAGUCCUCCUUCUUGGCGUUAUGCAUACAUCGUGAUUCUGGAUCUUCAUUUCAGGUUGCUGGCAAUUUGGACGAUGGCCUACCAACUGAAACGAUAUGCCGCACUCAAAAGACCAAUUCCACAAAGUCCCAACCCUUCCCGUGAUCCAGACCACAAGCCGGGUUGGAACUUUCAUCCUAUCAGAUGGACUCACGGCCUUCUCAUGCGGCGACUAAUUCCAAACAGUACCACCAUUUCUGCGCGUUCGAAUCGCGCAAACCAAAUCCCACGAUGGUACUCCUCGAAUAUCAGCAUCGGUCAAGCCAUCUCCCUCUUAACUUUUACCGUCGUCCUACUCGCAAUCAGCUUAGUCGGUGAUGACUACAUCUCACCCACCACCUGCACCUGGGGCGGUCGCUGUCCCGUUCAAGUCUUCAAUCAAGGCCCUCCCAGAUCAACUUAUGCACCACUCUCACGCCGAGCAAGAAUUCAACACUCAGAUAUCAUUCCUCCCCCUCAACCGGCUCAUGCUCCUCAACUCGCACAUGCUCCGAGGGACCACAAGAUCUUGCUCCCUCGAGCGACUGCUCUCAGUCUCAAUCCAAACGGCUGGGCCCCAUUCACCGACCCGCUACUCUCCGCUCCCAACGUAGAUGUCCCACGGACGAUGUGGACCCUAUCCUCCCGAUUCGGCCUGAUCGCUUACGCCAUGAUACCCUUCGUCGUGUCCAUCGGCUUAAAAUCAUGGCCAUUCAAUAUCUUUGCCAUCCCCUGGCUAACGCACUACGGCUUCGACCGUACUAGCAUUCUCCAUCGUUGGACGGGGAGACUGAUCUGGGUUUGGAGUACCAUUCAUACAAUCACCUUUGCCAUCCAGCUUGGUCGUGACAUCAACCCUUAUGGCAAUACACUUUUGACGGAUGUUUGGCAGUACUAUCGGUUCAAUUGGGGCGUCGUUGCGUAUAUUGCCCUUACAAUCACCGUUGGCUUUUCAUUCAAUCCCCUACGAAAUCGCUAUUACGAGUUUUUUUAUUGUUCUCAUGUGGUACUCUCAAUACUUUUCUUGGUCGGCUGCAUCAUUCAUUACGAGCCUCUCUGGGCAUGGGCUGUUAUCGGUCUGGCUCUCUGGGGCGCUGAGCGUGCCUUCAGGCUUAGCAUCUGGCUAUGGUUCAACGGAUUUUUGAUUUCUCCGACACGUUUUUGGUCCAAUCAGCCUCCGAGUGCAAGUUUGAAAGCUUAUCAAGAUGAUCCAAAAUCACCUGUCCCUCCUUCAGGAGGAUUAUCAAAUGUCCAACACAGCUAUCCUCCUCCUUCUUGGCUCCCAUCAUCACCAGGCCGGACUGCCUUCUUGCCCUCCUCCUAUGAACAAGGUCCUCUGAGAGUCCCACCCAAAUCUUCGCUAGGAUCAGCCCAAAUACCCCCUGGAUUUGCGCUGGUUCAAGUGUUGCCCGGUCAGACACUUCGGAUAACUCACAGGAUGGUUAAAGAUUGCAAGUGGGAGAUCGGGCAGUACUUGCUCUUAUGCGUUCCAUCUGUAUCUUGGUGGCAGACCCACCCUUACACGAUUUGUUCAUCAUCAUCCCUCUCGCAGUUUGACGCUUCUAGUCAACAGUCCUCGGGGAAGGAAGUUGUUCUACUUCUUCGCGCCCGGCAAGGAUUCUCAAAAAAAUUCUACGAAUCUAUCAUGCGUGCAAAGGCCGAACGAUUUCAGAGUGAUGACAGUGCUCAACCCACUAAUGGGAUCCUUAUGCGCUGUCAAAUCAGUCGGCCCCUUGGAAGCUCUGGAAGGGUGGGUUGGGACUCGCUUGAUAGCCUCGUCAUUGUUUGUGGAGGCAGUGGAAUCAGCUUCGGAAUUGCCGCGCUUGAAGAGACAUGCUUCAAAAUUUGCACUCGGUCGCACGCCAAGGCUAAUAAAGGUGUCUCAAAGUCAAACAUUACAAGAGUGCGUCUGGUUUGGAUCUUCCGAGAAUAUGCGCAUUUAAUCUGGGUUGCACCUGCCUUGAAACGGUGUUUGGCGAUGGUUUCUAGUGAAGAAUUACAGCUUGACCUAUAUGUCUCGAAUUCGCUUCGGCAAAAGAAGCUUCCCAGCGCGCUCCAAGGUUUGCCAAAGCCGCCACCAGGCACUGUUUUGCACAACAAAGCGGAGGUGGCGGAUAGUCAGACCUUAUUGAUGCCGCCUCACCCGCCCUUCUCCCGGCUAGAUUCCGACUCUGAUUUUUCACCGACACCGCCAAGACACUCCUUUACGGGCUCGAUCACCGUUAGCGAGAGCGAACAGAGUCAUGGGCUUGACUCCCAGGAUGUCCCGCUCGAUUUUACCGAGUUCGAGGGCGAGGCCCGUGGAGGGACGAUUGCAGAAAUGAUGGUCUCGGCUAACGUCAAGGACGAGGGCAAACGUCGACGGAAAAACACGAUUUCUCGCAAUAAUAAGGGCGGUGGUGGAGAGGGUGGGCGGACGAAGGCUAAGGGGAUAUUUGGAAAUCGGCUUAAUAGGGCAGAAGCCAGUCUGAGCGAAGAGAAGAACGAUGACUCCCAACAGAUCACAUUGGUCGAUGGCGAUGGGAACAAGCAGGUUCUCCCUCAACAACUCGAGCAUUCUACCGAUCUUCAUUCAUCUCCUUGGAAAGACGACCUCAUGCGCGAGAUGGGCAUCGAUCUCAGUCCUCAUGAACGUCUCGCCUUGGAAGAACUGUCUGAAGGCGUCAAGACUGGCAGACCCCGUCUGGCCAAAAUCUUGGACGAAGAGGUCGAUCGAUCGGCCGGUAAAACUCUCAUUGCUUGUUGCGGUCCGGAGUCAUUAAAUGGAUUCAUGCGCUCCUUAGUCAGCCAACAGUAUCUCCGUCUUGUCGAUCGGAAAAUAAGCCAUAAAGAUAUUGAUAUCUAUACCGAAGAUUUUUCUUAUUGA